GAUAUGCUGUUAACUGUACAAUUAAGAACAGUCACGCUUUAGUCAAAUGUUCCAAAACAAAUAAUUUUAAUUGAUAUCUAAAUGUUAAGAUUAAAUAUAAUUAAUAAAAGUAUCAAAAUUAUUUUGCAGUACUACAUUCAGUGUUUACUGCUUAAGAAUUUUUGAAAUUGCCGCCCUUUUCUUGUGACACGUUUCGCUUGCCAGACUCUACUAGGUAUUCGUACAAAAUAAUAUGACUUCUGUCUAGAAUGACGUUUGUGCAAGGUGUAACGUGCAAAUAAGUCGUAUUUUCAAAAAAAGAAUAAAAAAACUAUGGUCUGUUAUUAAAUCUUAUAUUCAUAAUUAAAUCAUCUUAAUAAAAAUUCAGCAAUCAACAAGAAACGUCCGUUCGUAACGAAUAGCAAGGUUAUAUAUUACUUAAAAUUUCAAAAUCAUUAUGACACAUACAGUUAUUAUCUAUCGCUUGUGAUCUUGCAUAUCGACGGCGGACUUCGAGCCAGGUGUUAUGUUAAUUCGUUCGGUGGGUAUGUGCUUUUUUGGUUCUUACAGUAAUAUUGACAAUAGAUUGACUUUCUACUGAACCUACUCUAAAAAAACAGUUUUAUUGACAUAUACAGGAAUAAUUUAAAACCACUGCGAAGAUUUUGUGAAAAUAACUUUAAGUAAUUUAAACAAACACAUUUUUUAUUUUGAUGUGUUCUAGUACUAAAAAUAAAGUUUUCGCUUAUCAAAGAUCGAGAUUUUAAAACUAAAAUCUCGAUCUCGAUCGAGUGUGCAAUAAAUAAUUGAUUGAUUGAUUGAAAGGCUCGCAUACGAGGUAUGCUCUCCGUCGCAUACUUUCUCCGAACUGCGCUUAGAUUAUCACCAUUCCGAAGAUAAACUCGUAACAUCUCGUAAAACUCACGACGGCGGGUGCGUCGCGUGCGCGGGAAUGCGAGGGCACGUCACAUCGGCGCGUGCGUAUGGGUCUCACUGCUGCCACUGUCGCGCGCGUCGCUCGGUGCCGAGCGGCGGGGGCUGUGGUGGGGGUGCUGCCGGGCACGGCGGGGAUGCACGGUGACCUCAAUUCUGUACUGCCCAUGGAACCUAGUACACUCCCCAUAAUGCAGAAGUUUACAUACUCUUUGGAAAAAGAAAACAUGGCUAUCGGAGUAGAUACGUCAAAAUGGAAGCCUAGAAAAAUAAAAGGAACUCCGGCUGCAAAAUUCAGAAACGUUCUAGCUUUUGGCAUAUUAGGCUUCGGGAUUGCAAGUGGUUUAUUUUUUCAUUUUGCAAAAGUAACAGAAAACCUAAGAAAAGCAGCCGAAGUUUUAUACGAAGAUCCCAUAGAAGAAGUUGAGAGAAGACUCAUGAUAGCUAGUGGAUUGCCAAACAGCCCUAAAGUUAAAAGCAAAUACUUCAGCUUCACAAGAAAUCAUGUUAUGGAUGAAAGUUUAUCGGCUUUCCAGGAAAAGAAAUCUGCCAGGACGGGCCCUAAAACUAAUGAAAAGCCAUCAAGUAGCAGUACCAAAGUUAAAAAAACUAAACAUAUAAAAGGACAGAAAGAUAUAAGAACAGCACUCAAAUCUAAUAAACAUGAAUUGUUAAAAUAUACUGAAGAGUUUGAUAAAGUAUGUAAAGAGUCUGGACUAGAUGUAGAUACAGAGCAACUUCUUUUAGCUGUUGCAUUAUCAAAAUCUCUUCAAAAAAUUGAUUCUCUAGAAGAAGUUUCAACAUCUAAUGCAUGUUCUCAAAGGUCGGGUAAAAUUAGAUCUACUUUGCAAGAAUACGGAUUCACAGUGCCUGAAAUAAAGAUAAGCAGAAAGUCUCAAAAGUGUAGAAAAAACUUUAAGCUAUUGUUAUCUACUGAAACAGAAAAGCAGCAAAUAAUCUCAGAUAGAUAUGCACAAAUCUUGUUUAAUAAUAGUGACUUCUACAUUGACAAUCAUAAUAAAUUGAUUAAUUGUAACAAAAACUUAUACUUCAAAGCAACAAAUAUUCCUUAUAGUGAAAUUAAAAAUAAUGAUGCUUUUUACAUAGAUAAUUUAGUGGAAAAAUCUUUAAGUAAUGGUAGCUUGUUAAGGAAUUGGUCUGAUAUACCUGGUAGACCAAGUAGUCCUACUGAUUACAAGAAUCUCAAAAUGGAUUUCAGUGAAAUAGAAUGUUCCCAAGAUGAGCUUGAUAUAGUUCUUAGUGGAUCAUUGAAAUCUACUAAAAAUAUUAUUAAGAAUAAAGUUCAAACAUCUGUUUCUCGUCGAGAAACCAUUAGUGAUAAACUUAACUUAAAUAAUGAUAUAGGUGGAACUGACUUUGAGGUUUUUGUACCGUAUGAUAACAUUGUCCUACAUGCAGGAAAAGAAACUGGAACAUUAAAUGAUGAGCACUAUACGCCUUCAGGCAGUUCCGUUUUAGAUAAAAUGUCAGAUAUAAUUUCUAAUGUUGCUAGAAGUUGUUCUCCUGAUAUAUUUGAUGAUGAAUCAUCCAUAGCUGAUAAUAGGGAAAAUAAACAUUUUGUAUAUGCAGAACUAAUUGAUAAUAUUAUCAAAGACAAUAGCACACCAUGUGAACUCAUUGACCUGACACAAAAUACAGAUGAUGUGAUAGAUAAAAGUUUGAAAAGUUCUGAGAAUACAAACUUUACAAGAAGACAUUCAAAUGAUGUCAUGGAAAUUACAGAAUGUGUAGCAUAUUCUAUCCCACUUAAUUUAGAUAACAAAAUUUUGAAUGAAGAUAGAAAACUUAUGCCCACAAAGGAAAAUCCGAAUUCUAUCUCACAGCUGUCUCAUAGUAGUAAUAAAACAAAAAGAAUAUCAAAUGAUUAUAUGGAAAUCACUGACUGUGUUAUUAAAAAGUCAAUAUCAGAACAAGAUAUGAAAAGAAGUAUUGAUCUCACUCAAAUUUCAGAUGAAGAUAAUGUACAUGAAACAAUAAAUGGAAUUCCAAUCAGCUGUGAACUGAAAAAUCCUUUGGCAAAUGAAAGCAUGAAUGAGUCACUAGAUGAUACCAUAAUAUUAAAUGAUAACGAAAUUCAUAGUGAUAAACAUUGUCAAAUUGUAAGUCUACAGACACAUGAAAAUGAGUUAAGUGAAAAUGGAUUGGAUGUUAAUGUAACAAAUGUGCUAGAUAAAAAUACCUAUAGCAUAAAAAGAAAUCAAACCUUCUUUGAUGAAUUUGAAGUUAAUCAUUCAGAGGUAAAUGUUGAAAAUAAUACAUCUGUGGUACUCAAUAUUUGUAAAGGAAAUGAAGACAAAAUAGAUUUAACUCAGAGUUCAGAUUCAUCUAGUGAAGGAUCUGUAAAAGAAUCAGAUCUGAUAAAAUUUAAUUUAAGUGGUCAUGGCAACAAAGAUGAAGUCUCAGUUGAUUAUGAUGAUUUAUAUGAUAUGAUACAGGAAAGGAGAAUUGCCUCUUCAAACAACAGUAAUAUAUCUCAUGAGUCAAAAGUAACUAAACAUGAAGAUCCAAAUAGCAGCAAAGCAUCAUCACAAAGCUCAAAUCAAAAUUCCAUUGCAUUUGAAGUCAUUGAUCAGGAAUUAAAUUAUUCCCUUAACAUAUCAAAAUGUGAAAUCCCAUUGGAUAAUUUUGGAUGCAUUUCUUUUAUGGAUCAUUCUUCUAAAAUAGAAAACAGUAAAAAAUCACAAGGGACAAUAAAAUCCCCUGUUGAUGAAUCUAUGACUAAUAGUUUUUUGCCUGAUGUAGAUAUUAAACAAUCAACUGCUUACAUAAAACCAAUACCAAAUAAGACACCAGAGCGUGAUUUAACUAAAACGAAAAUAAUUUCUGUAACUCCAGCAUGUUCAGAUUACAUUAUAAAAGCUGAUGUGACACCAAUGUUGGAUUAUGCAUCAAUGUCAACUCCUGAAAUGAAUAAGGAACUAGAUAAAUAUGGAUUAAAACCAUUUAAGAGAAAACAAGCUGUGCAGCUUUUAAAUCACUUGUACAACCAAACACAUCCACUCAUACAAUCAUCAUCUGAAGCGAUUUCAUCACCACCAAAAAAGCGGAAAUCAAGUAAAACCUCACCAAGAAAAUGCUCAAAUUCUCCAAUCAAAAAUUUUGAAGCAUGCAAUAAGGAGAAUCAUUUGUAUAAUAUAACAAAUGAUGUGCCUGAUAUUGUAACUAUAGAAUGCUCGGAAGAAGAUUGGGUAUUUCCGAAACGAGAAAAGGCAAAGAUACACUCCUGUCGUGUACCGUUGCACAUUGCAUUGCACAAUUAUAUAUCGUGUCGGCGUUCAUUAAGAGAAGCCAUUCUGCGAUAUGAACCUGUAAAUAUAGAUGAUAUACACAAAGGACUGGUUGCAAUUGGUUUUCGAUAUGAUCCUAAGGAACUUUUGAGGUUUAUGGACAAGAAAUGCAUAACAGUGAAGACUGCCGAUAAUAACGCUAGAAAUAAAAGAUAAAAAUUAAUUUAAUUAAUCAUGGAUUUUUAUAUAUACCACCACAAUACUAUGUUUUAUUAGUAAAAUAAAUUAAAGUCUGGAGGUGCU